AUGUGCGAGCUCUCGGGCCGUGCGCGCGGCAACCGGCAUGCUCCCUCCCCGCAAAUGGUUCGUGCAGCCCAGAGCUCCUCCGUCGCGGUCGAGUCCGAAGAGCAGGUCCUGCGCCACCCGGAGGCCUUCAUCCAACCGUCGGACGUGGUCCUGGACGGCCUCUUAGGAUCGGGCGGACAGGGACAGGUGUUCCGGGGCGCGAUGGCCCAGCCGAGCGAGCUGGAUCUCCCGAAGACGCCUGUGGCGGUCAAGGCGUUCCCAUGGCAGGACUGGAACGCCCCCGCGCCGACGUUCGUGCGCGAGCUGUGCGCGUCGCUGGCGGUCGGCCAGGGGGUCGCGGGCGUGUGUCACGUGUACGGCUGGACGACCGUGGAGCUCGGCGACAUGCCGCGUGCGCCGGCGAUCGUGCUGGAGCUCCGCGGGCCAGACCUGUGUCACCUGGAACCGUUGUCGCGCGGACACCCGAUGCCGGUCGCCGACGCGCUGGCCGCCGCCGCCGACAUCGCAGCCGCGCUCACGGAGCUACACAAGCACCCGGACGGCGUCAUCCACGGCGACGUCAAGCCGCAGAACGUGCUGUCAGCGCCCCCGGCAGCCCCCGGACACGUGGGUCCGCACCAGGCGCGGCGCCUCGUCCUCGGCGACUUCGGCUCGAUGCGCAUGCACAACACCCCGGGCGUGCCCCCGCCCGGGCGCGCGAGCGGCCCCCCAAGCGGCCCCGGCGCGGUGGUGGGGACUUGGCGCUACAUGGCCCCGGAGAUGUUCCUGGGGGCCGUGUGGUCAGGGUCGGACGUGUGGGCGCUCGGGUGCACGCUGCUCGAGGUGGUCACGGGGCAGAAGCCGUGGGAGGUCGACGGCGUGCGCGACUGGCGCGACUGCUUCGUGCGCCUGUGUGCGAGCGGCACUGACGGCCCCUGCCUCGACGCGUCCGGCCUCCCGCUCCUCCGCGGCGCGCACCCGCCCAUCCCCGUGGCGCAGAUGCCUCCCAAGGUCGCGGCGCUCAUCCGCAGGUGCCUCUCGCGGUCCCUCGCCGCGCGGCCCUCCUGCGCUGACGUGCACCUCGAGAUCCAGACCAUCCUCGCCGAGCUCGCGAACGACCGCGCGGAGCAGCCCAGCGGCGCGGGCGCACCGGGCGGGGCGCGCACGCAGGCGUCGCGCAUCCAGGGCCCGGAGACGGAGGAUCUCUUUGCGGGGGGCGCGGUGGGCGGGGCGCGGGCGGCCGCGAACGCGGCGGGCGCGGCGGCGCCGAGUGUGCCCGCAGCGCAGCCACCUGGACCGCCUCAGACGGCCGCACCGCCCGCGCCGCUGCCUGGGCUGUCGGAGUCGAUGGAGGGUCCAGACGCGGGGCCCGCCGGGCUGGACGACCUCACCCAGCAGGCGCUGUUCGGGCGCUUGGGGUCGGACAACUCGUUCGGGACCGCGGAGGCUCCCAUGCAGCAGCAGGCGACGUUCGCCGAGCAGAUGGUCGGGGCGUUCGACAACGUGGCACAGGAGAUGGCGUUCGACGACGACGCACAGGAGAUGGCGUUCGACGACGAGGCGGCGGAGGCGGCGGCCGAGGAGGCAGACCUUGGCGACGAGGACAUGGGCACGGGCAUGGGGUUGGACUCGGACGACGAGAUGCUCCAGGGGAUGUUCCCUGGUCCUGAAGACAUCAUCGAAGGUUUCGUGUCCGGCCCGGAUCGCACCGUGACGGCGAACGCGGUGGACGUGGGAAGCGCAUCGCUGGGGGCGGGGGACUUCGCACCGGGCGGCGGCGGGGGCGCGCAGCAGUUGUUCGUCAUGCCGCCCCCGGAGAUGGAGCCCGGGGAGGGCGGGGAGAAGAACGAGCAGGAAGAGGAGCAGGAGGAGGAGGACGAGAGCGAACAGGACGAGGACGACGAGGUUGAGGUUCCCGAGGCAGACGAGGUGGCGGGCGUGGCACUGUUGGAAGAGGACGUGGACGAGGCGGCUGCAGGGGCCGCGAGGCGACGCGCCAGAGCACCAGCGCCCGUCGCGGGGGCGCCGUCGUCGGAGGCCAGAGCGUUGCGCGAGGCGACGAAGGAGCGCGAGGAAGCCGCCGAGAGCCGGGAGGAAGAGGCUGGUGCCACUGCGCCGGCAAAGCCGAAGCCACGUGCACGCAUGAGUUCGGCGGCGGCGACGCCACCGGAGCCCCCGCGUGCGAUGCCCGCGCCACCUCCGCCGCCACAGGAGGAGCCCGGCCCUGGAACCCCGCCAUCGUCCGCCCUGGGGGCGUUCGCAGGCGCACAGGGCAUCGCUGCUGAGCCGGUGUGCUACGCACAGGGCGGGGGCGGCAGCGGCCGCGGCCUCAUCAGCGCCAUCGGCGACGCGGUCGGCGCACUCGGGCGCGGGCUGCGCCGCAUGCGGCGACCAAACGCACAGCGUGCGGUGCCCGCACCGGCGGCGGCGCCCCCCGCGCCCACACCGCCCCCGCCAGCUGUGCCUGAGGCUGUCACACCGGCAGCAGAGCCCGAGCGUGCCUUCGCGCCCAAGGCGAAGGCUGCGGCGCCGGCGAAGAAGAAGAUGAUGAAGGGCGGGGCGCGGAGCGGGUGGUCGACGCCGAGCACCGUGGCGCACGGCAAGUUCGAGAAGGGCGACUUCGCGCCGCUGUCGAAGCUAGAGGAGGCGGCGGGCGACGAGGACCGCGUCCCGGACAUCCUGCGCGUGGGCGACGUGCACGACUUGCUGUCGCCCGGGAAGCUCAGGUUCUCGAACGGGGCGUUCGCGGUGUACGACGGCGUGCUGCGCGCGACCGGCGAGCCCGUCAGUGUGCACGCGCUGCUGCCGCUGGCGGGCAUGGCCAAGGACCGCCAGGCGGGGGCUGUCGAUGCCAUGGUGACCAAGUUCAACAGCACGCACGGGAGGGGGGGACUGCUGCGCGUGUUUGCCGUCGCGAGGGAGUUCUCCGUCGACGGCGGCAUGUCGUGGGCGCCCGCGGUCGUGACGCAGCGCGUCACCGGGACCCUGAAGGCGGCACCGUGCCGUGACCGCGACAAAGUCGGGGCGAUGUGUCGCCUGCUGUGUGCGCUGUGGCCGGCGGCGGUGCUGGAGAGCGGGGGCCGUCACGCGGCUCUGCUGGCGCACGCGGCGCCGGAGAGCGUGCUGGUGGCUGAGUCGGACGGGUCUGACAGGACCCUGACAGCAGUGCUCAGUCCGGUGAACGACGUGGUGCAGGACAUCACCGGCCUGACGGUGGCGAAGUCGGGCGGGGGGCUCGUCCGCCACGUGCCGCCCGAGGUGUGGGGCUGGAUCAAGCAGGGCGCCAGCUUCGCGUCCUCACGCUCGCCCCUCGAAGCCGCGCGUGCCGACAUGUGGGCCAUGGCGAGCAUGCUGCAGGAAAUGGUCGGCGCGCCGGCCAGGCCCGCGUUCGGGGCGGUGUCGGGCCUGGACGCGUUGAAGAUCGGACCAGACGCGGACCUGCGGGGCCUCGACGAGAUGAUGGAGGGCAUCAUGGGGGCCUUUGCGAAGCUCACGACCAAGCAGCGCACGCCGGAGAAGGAGGCGGACCGCGAGGAGGGGGCGUGGGCGGGCGUCGAAGGGCUGCCUGUCGGGCUCGCCGGCGUCCUCGUGCGCUGCGCGCUGCGCAACCCGGGCUCGCGUCCCCACGUGCAUGAAAUCGAGGCACUUGUGUGA